GAGGUGAGGUGACGGAGGUUAGAACAGGGGAUAGAGGUUAAUGAAUGGGUGUAUGGGACUGCGGCUGAGUUGACGAUGGCACCAAAAUCACAAGCAUGAGACACAGCCAGCUUCACAAGCCAAAUUUGUUAGCGUGAACGUAAAUAAUGCGCGAGGAAGCUGCCUGUGGGCCCAAGUUUUCCAACAUUGAAUUAAAAUGACGCAGAAGUACUUCACUGAAGGACAGGUAUACACUGUUCCGAUCAUCCAGUCGGACUUGCGUCGAGAGGAAGCUAUCCACCAGAUCAGUGAUGCCCUUCAGUAUCUCCAGAAAAUCUCCAAUGAUGUGUUCACUAGGGUUUCCCAAAACGUGGAGAGUAACCAAACUCGCCUGAGGUCUAUCAGUGACCGGAUCAACCUGGCACAAGCCAAGAUCAAGAAAAUCAAAGGCAGCAAGAAAGCCACUAAAGUCUUUUCAAGUGCAAAAUACCCUGCACCUGACAGGCUUCAGGAUUAUGUUUCAAUUUUCACUGGUGUAGAUGACUCCACUUUGCAGAAGCGUCCACGCUACAAGAUUCACAGCAAGCUGAAACCACUGGAUGAGAAGGCAGUACAGGAGAAAGCAAAGCUUUAUCCUGUGUAUUUGAACACUAAGUCACAGGAGGACAAUGAGACGGAGGAAGGGCUGGGAAGCCUUCCUCGAAAUAUCAGCUCCAUCAGUUCUCUUCUGCUUUUCAACACAACUGAGAACCCCUACAAGAAAUAUGUUCUAUUAGAUCCAUUAGCCGGUGCUGUGACAAAAACUCACACUGCGCUAGAGACUGAGAAAGAGGAGAAGCCAUUUGAUGCACCACUCUCUAUCACCAAGAGGGAACAGCUUGAAAGACGGACAACUGAGAAUUAUUUCUAUGUACCUGACCUGGGUCAGGUCCCAGAGAUAGAUGUACCAUCCUACCUGCCAGACUUGCCUGGCAUCGCAGAUGACCUCAUGUAUAGUGCUGAUCUAGGUCCGGGUAUUGCACCCUCUGUACCAGGAAGCAAUAUGCCUGAACUGCCCAGUUUCAAUACGGAACCAGUUUACACAAAUGGCCCAGAUCAACAGAAUACUAAUCUUCCAGUGCCAUCUGCAGAACUCCCUCCGCCUGAACUAUUGACGCCAAUGAGUGGUCCUCCACCGCCCCCACCACCGCCACCACCUCCACCUCCAGUUGAGCCUACCAGUAGUCAGCUACCAGAUGGUAUUGUUCAGGGAGCACCUCAGGAAGUUGUAAAACCCUCAAAUGGAAGAGCCAGUCUGCUGGAAUCUAUCCGGCAGGCAGGAGGAAUUGGGAAAGCCAAGCUGCGCAAUGCAAAAGCUAUUAAAAUGGAAAAGAAAAAACAGAAAGAACAAGAACAAGGUGGAACAAGGGAAGGAGGGGGGGAAUCUGAUGUCUGAUCUCUUCAACAAGCUUGCAAUGAGGAGAAAAGGUAU